UCAAAAUUCACGUAAAGACUACUGCGCCGUGGUCAGGAGUGUUUGCACUAUCUCUACUCUACUAGUGAAAGGUGCAGUCGCCGCGGUACAUAUUCGGAUAUCGCUUCUCGUAUCGGGAUGAAGCAAGUGACUUUGAUUUUUUUGUUCGCCGGGCUGCUAGCUGCGGAAAGCGCGAAUAUUUUGGGGAUUUUUGUGGCCCAAGGGAGAAGUCAAUUUCUUUUGGGGGAGAGGUUGUUAGGGGAACUGGCGAGAAGAGGACAUAAUGUUACACUUUUGGGGAAAUUCGUGCCUCAAGAAAAACAUGAAAAUUUGCAUUUAAUUCGUGUUAAUUUGAUGGAGGAAAAUUCUUUUGAUUUUCUGUCGUGGGAAACUCAAAAUGACUUUGAGCAUGUCAAAGCUAUACACGACAAAUGGCUUAAGAUAACAGAAGGAUUGUUCGAUGAACAACUGGUUAAGGAUCUAAUCAAUUCAAACAGUACCUUUGACAUGGUCAUAUUCGAAUCCUUUGGAAGUGAGGCCGCAAUGGGUUUUGCAAAGCAUUUUAAUGCUUCUUUGGUCGUAUUUAAUUCUUUGGCAAUGAAUGAGUGGUGCAGCAACCUCAUUGGAAAUGUAAGAAUACCAUCUAUAACACCUUACAGUUUAACCCAAAAAACCAGCAGCAUGACAUUUUAUGAACGUCUCACGAACACUUUACUUUUCCUAUACGACAAGUACUACAAAGAAUAUGUAUAUUACCCACAGCAACAAAAAAUAUUGAAACAACACUUUGGCAAUGAAAUGGAUCUUCACGAAGUUAUGACAAGUACUAGCUUCCUCCUUCUGAACUCUCACCCCCUCACCACUGAACCUUCUUUGCUUACCAGCGCUGCUGUAGAAAUUGGAGGAUUCCAUGUUUCUACUAGAAAGUUGCCUAACGAUAUCAAGAAGUUUUUAGACGAUGCUAAGCAUGGUGCAGUUUUAAUCAGUUUUGGAACUAACAUUGAUAUGAAGACAUUUUCGAAUAAUACAAUUGAGAGUUUGCUGAGAGCUAUUCAAAAUCUACCACAGCGGUUUAUCUGGAAGUUUGAUGCACUUCAAGUUCCUAAUAAACCUGAUAAUUUGUUGAUUUCAAAAUGGCUACCUCAGUCGGAUAUUCUUGCCCAUCCAAAUGUAGUCGCAUUCGUUUCCCAUUCCGGACUUAUAAGUAUCACAGAAGCAGUACACCAUGGAGUGCCACUUGUUGUUGUUCCUAUAUUCGGUGAUCAACAUAUGAACGCCCUUAGAGCUGUUGAGAAAGGCAUUGCAGUUAAAAUUGAAUUCUCUAAAUUGGAUGGAGACACUCUUCUUGGCGGAGUUCAGAAAAUCAUAAAUGAUAACCAAUACCAAAAGAAUGCCAAGGAAAUCUCCAAGAUGUUCAGAGAUCGACCCGUUCAUCCAAUGGACUUAGCGGUACAUACAAUUGAAUACGUCUUGAAGUUUAAUCCUGAGAGGCACUUUAGAAGUCCUGCAUUAGAUCUCUCUUGGUUCCAGCUCUAUUUACUAGAUAUUGUAUUUGUUGUUAUUGUUGUAACAAUGUUAAUUACAAAGAUUGCAAAAAGAGAUGUCCGAAAUAAAAAAGUGAAAGCAUCCUAAACAUAAA